UUUAUAAAUAUCAACCAAUCGACCUCACUUUUGCUCCAACACAUUUUAUAUAUCUUUCACCUCAACACCACCCAAGAUGGCUGCUUUUAGUCCAAGGAAAAAUCUAGUAACCCUUGUUCUGGUCGGAAUAUUCUUAGCAGAAGCGGUGCCUGGGUAUGUGAAGGGUCAGAACUGUGGCUGUGCAGCAGAUGAAUGUUGCAGCGAACACGGCUAUUGUGGUACGAACGAUGACUAUUGUGGCGUGGGUUGCAAAGAAGGACCCUGCAAAGGCCCUAAUGAUGUCUCGGUGCCUGAUAUUGUGACGGAGGAUUUCUUUAAUGGGAUACUUAAUCAGGCCACUGGAGAUUGUCCGGGGAAGAGCUUCUACACAAGAGCUGCAUUCAUUAAUGCCCUUGGUUCUUAUGAACAGUUUGGCAGGGUUGGGUCUACCGAUGAUUCUAAGCGUGAGAUCGCUGCUUUCUUCGCCCAUGCCACACAUGAGACAGGAAGUUUUUGCUAUAUAGAAGAAAGGGAUGUUCCUGCCACCCAGAAUUACUGCAACGACGUAGAGUACCCCCAAUAUCCUUGCACCCCUAGCAAGCGUUACUACGGCCGAGGACCACUCCAACUAACCUGGAAUUACAACUACGCUCAAGCAGGAAGCAAUAAUGGAUUUGAUGGAUUAAACUCUCCUGAAACUGUUGCCACAGACGCAGUUGUGUCUUUUAAGGCUGCCAUAUGGUAUUGGAUGACCAAUGUUCAACGAUAUGUGAGCCAGGGGUUUGGAGAAACCAUCAAGGCCAUUAAUGGUGAUGUUGAAUGUAACGGUAAAGAACCCGAAAAGGUUCAGUCCCGUAUCGACAAAUACACUCAAUAUUGUCAACAAUUUGGUGUUGCACCCGGCGAAAAUCUCUCUUGCUAGUAUCAUGAGGGAUAUCAUGUAUUUUGUUAUCACCAUUUAUUAAUUACGUUUUUUUUUUCCUUUCUAUUUAUGAAAUAAAAAGGGAUAAAGCUGUCGAAGCUGGUGCCAAUUACUAGUUAGCCUAGCGUACUAGGAACAAGGUUGAACUUGAAUGGAUUGGAGAGCUAUCUCCCACGACUCUGUAUUCAUGUAUACCCAUAAAUAAAUAGAUAAAGACUAUCCAUUUUGCUUUGAUA